AUGUGGAGCACUAAUCGAUGGCCCAUCGACAACCAGACGCCGGAAGAUGGUGCUGUCAAGUCCAUCUUCACCGGCCGUUCGCACAACGACAACGGUUCCGUGGUACGAUUUGUCGACUUGCCGCCUCAAGCAUGCAGUCCCAUGCACCGCACCCAGACGCUUGACUACGGUAUCGUCAUCUUUGGUGAGAUCGAGCUCGAACUCGAUUCUGGCGAAAAGAGAACGCUCAGGUCCGGUGACACAUGCAUCCAACGUGGUACCAACCACCUUUGGCGCAACACCACCGACAAGUGGGUCAGGAUCGCAUUCAUCCUGCUUCACAGUAAGCCCAUUGUGAUCGACGGAAAGCAGCUGACCGAUCAAGGCUUCCCUGGUCAAUGA